AUGGAUGAGACUCUAACUGAUCUCUUCCAUAAGAGAAGACUUGAGUUUAUGGAUGACGAGGACGCGUAUUUAGCUAGAGGUGAUCCUGAUAUUUAAAUAUCCGAAUACAUAUUGGAUUCCGCAGGAUCAGAAACAGGGUUUUUCUGUUUCUUUAUGAUGGCAUCCAUAUUUUUCUUACUGAAUUAAGUAGAUGGAAAGAUUUUCAGAUUGAAGAUAUUCUUCAUGAACAGAGAUUUCGCCCUUGUUAAGAACGAUGGGUUUAUUGUGUUUGUAAAUUUCAUGCUAAGAACUCUGAGUUGGCUUUCACUCUUAAUGCCAUUCUUGGCUAUGGCAGUUUGGGCUUCAGGCUUGAUCAUUAGAGCCAAAGAUUUCAAAAUUGUACCUAUCGGCGGAAUUAGUGUCUUGCUAGUUGGAAUGUCAUUCUUCUUCUUUAUGUAUGGUAUAUUUACCAUAAAAUGGAACAACUAUCAAUUCAAAAUUAUAAAUGGAGUUUGCUUAUUUUUAGCAUUUGCUCUUUUAACUGGAUACUAAUUCGUUGUCAUUUUUCUUGAUACUUCUAGUAACAGUUACUUCGGUUUCAGCACAGUAUUUUUAAAUGCUAAUUGUGUCGUGGUAAUACUGUCUAUAUUUAUCAACUCAGGCAUCAAGGGUGGAUCAGUAAGUGAUGUGCUGAUGGAUAAAAUGUAAAAAGGUGAUCCUCGUGACCCUGAGAGAGACACUGAUUUCCUUGAGGAAGUGAACGAAGAGAGAGCUAGCAAAAACUAUUAUCCCACUUACGAGGAUGUUGUGGAUCUCUUUACAAUCGCAAAUAAUGUUGAAGGAGAGGAUGAUCUCGGUUCAACUUUUGGAGGAGGUUUGUAAUCAGCUUUCAGUCAUUUGAAUGUAAAAGUAAAAAGAUCUCUUACUUUCUUGUUGUGGUCUAUCGCAACUGCAAUUCUUAUAGUUUAUUCUUUUGUUAUCUACUGGUAUAUGGAUAAAUCAAGACUUGGAUUUGUCACUAUGAUUGCAGUACUACUUACUGAUGUUUUUGUUUAUUUGAUAUGGAACUCUGAAAUUGUAACAACUCCGACUAUCCUAUGCUUUUCAGCAUUGCUAAAUAGAGUUUUGCUUUAUGUUUUUGGAGGAAACUACUGGAUCUAUGGUUAUUUAGUGCUUUAUCUCAUUUAUGGAGUAAUUUUAUCAGUUGUUAUUACCAAAAAGCGAUUCCCAUUUGAAGAUGCUUUCAGCAAUAUGAACUUAGAUAGCAUCCACAAGAAGGAUGCCUCAUCAGAUUUAUCUAAGCAACCAGAAUUCUUACUGAUGUUCAUCACUACUAUAUAUGUUAUUCUAUUCGUAGUAUUAUUUGUGACAGAACCAAGAGGAGUACCACUUCUAAGAUUAACAAUUGAUGAUUGGUCAUAUCCUUUUUACACCAAUGCUGUAUUUUGUCUUCUUCUUGUUGCAACUUUCUUCUUUUUACUUGGUACAUACAGAUUAUUUAUAAGAAAGAAGAAGAGAAUAGAACCAAAGAUUCACUAUUUCAUUAAGAAUCGCAAAUAUGAUAUGUACUGGAUCUAUAUCACUGGCUCGUUUGUUUUAUUAGCAGCAGUCGGACUAAUUAGUUACUGGCUAACAGAUGAUGUGACUAUUUUCUUGAUUAUCAUCUUUAUUUCAGUCUAUGUCAUAUUCUAUCUCAAUGCUUUCUUGCAUUAUGUGAUGAAUGACUAUGAUAUCUUGCAAAACAUUGAAGCAUUUAACGUAAAAAUCAGAAAACAUAAUGAAAGAAUAGGCCAACUGAAAGAAAAAGUUUAAGGAAUUAAAAAAGAUCUUAAAGAAGGAAAAACUACUGGUAUUGGUGCUAAUGCUUUAAAUUUGGCUUAAAAUAUCAUGAAAUAAGAUAAAGAUAAAAAGAAAUAGGUAAGAUAAGAAAAAAAGAUCUAAAAAGAAAAUGAACUAAUUUAAACUUACAAAAACAGCAAUUUCGCAGGAAUGACUGGCGCCCCAACAAGACUUACUUUAACUAAAGGUGCAAGUAAUAACUCAAAAGUAGUUUCAUAAGUAGGCUCUAAAUCUCCAUCAAACUUCAAUUCUAAGCAAAAAGAAAUUAAGGUGGAAAUAAAAGUUUAGGCUAUCCCAAUGUCAAAAGUUUCACCAGUUGGAGGUAAUAAUGGCACUCUUACACCAGGAGCAUAAGAUGAUGAUGAUAAACUAAUAAAUGAAGAAUUUGCUAGAAAAAAUGAUAAGAAUGAUGAUAUUGAUAUGUAUGAAGGAGGUGAAGAUGAAGUAGGGCAAUAAAAUGAAAAUAUGAGACUUGAUAAUGAUAUUGAAAAAGAGCUAAAGGAUGAUGAUGAUGAUAAUGAUGAUAGUACUGAUGAUGAGUUUGAUCCUGAAGCUGAUGAUGAUGAAGCUGACUAAAAGAAGUCAAAGAAAAGACUCAAGGAAAUCGGAGAUUGGAGAAAGUAAAUGGGCUGGUUCUAGGCAUUUAUUAGUGGAAAUCUUAGACACAAUGAUUAUCAAAUCAUAUUCUCAAUUUUGGUAGCGCACUGUGCCAUCGCAAUUAUGGCAAUUUUAGUUUCAGUAAUAAAUGAAAGUGUAGCAGGUGUAACAAUAGCAGUACCUUUGAUUCAUUAUGCUAUGGCUGCUUUUUCUCUUUCUAAGCAUUUGAGUACUGAUGCUAAGAUGAAUGCUUUCCAUUACUUCUUCUUCUUUCUCUCAUAUGCUGUUCAAUACGCUUGGGGUAUUGCAAACUUAUUUAUUUCUUACACUAGUUAUGAUAUCGAUCCUACUACUCCAGGAGAAGCAGGAGCUGGUACCUAUAUGGUCGUUUACUUAAUGGUUAUUCCAUUCAUCACUAGUUCUAUGUCUGCAGUUGCCAAAUGGGUUGAUGACAAGGGAAAGUUUUCAUUCUUCUUUUUCAUCUAGUUACUUCUAACUGGUCUUCAAGGUAUUGGAAUGUUAGUUAUUGCAUAUGUAUACAUGACUUACAUCUAAGGUAUCAUUGUUUCAGUAAUUGUAGCAAUUAUCGGAUAUAUCAUUCUUCAAGUCUGGAUUUAUGUAAAGAAUGACUACUAUAUGCCUAAUGCCUGGACUGCAGUAAAUCUAACUAUCAUUUUUGCUAUUGUCGUUUCUGCUACUGUAGUAUCAUUUUUCUUUGAUGAAUUCAGAACUUUCACUGGAGUUUCAAUAUCUAUUUGGGUAAUUGCAGCAAUGAUGAUUGUGUAUGCUUUCGCUGAAAUCGGAUCAGAUCUUUCAAAGAUGGAAACUAAACCAGUUUUUUUCUCACCUUGGCUAUUCCCAAUCUAUAUUUACAAUCCUAAAAAGAAUGAUGUAGAGCCCCAUAAUUUGCCUACAGUAGCUUUGAUUGGAGGACUUGUUUUAAUGAUGCUUUGGUCAGUUUUAUGCUCUGUUUGGGUUUAUCCUCACAAUGUUGGUGUUUCAUUAAGUAUUCUUUUUGAACUUUUACUAAUGGUAACUGCUUUCCAUCUCAUUGGAGUUUCAGCUCAUUAACUCAAAGAAGUCACUCUUGAUAUUGAUAAAAAGCUUAUCAGGAGAGCUUGGCUAGAUGCCAAAUUGGGCUAUAUCAACAAUAGAUCAGCUCUUAACAGAGAAACUCUCGUUACUUAUGAGAAGGCAAGGCUAAGAAGAGAUUAUUUUAGAAACUAUAUGAGAGAAAAGGAAGGAAGAUAAGAUUUGAAUCUUGAAGAAAAAAAUGAAGGCGUUAGAUUUAUCCCUAAAGAUGAUAUUGACAUCGAAUGGGUAGACGAAAAUAAGGUUAAUCUUGGAAACAUCUAUUCAUGCUACUCAUAUUUAUUUGAAUUGGAAAAAGAAGCUAACAGAAUUUAUAAAGAAGAGCUCGAACUUAUCAUUUAAUUCCAACUUUUGAUAGUAUAAUCUGCUGAAAACCUCUAGGAAUAAAAGAAGAAAUAUUUGUUCACAUUCUUGAACGAAAAGAAGGCAGAAUUAUUUGCAGUAGGAAUUGUUAUAAACAUUCCAGAUCAAGGAAGCAUGAAAAUUAGAUAUGCUCGUGUGAUAACAUAAAUUCAAAAAUUAAGUCCAGAGAAGCAAACAAUGUUCAAUAGUUUAAGAGAUAAUUACAUCAUGGAGAAGAGAGAACAAGAUGAAAAGAGAAAGGAAUAAGCAAGACUAGAGGAACUAAAAGAAAAAGAAAGACAAGAAAUGCUGAGCUAAAUGUCUGAAGAAAAGAAAAAAUUACUCUCAUCAGUUACUAUGGAUAUGGAUGUUGACAAAAUGCCAGAUUGUGAUAUGAAAUAUGAAAAGAUACUUAAAGAAGCUAAAGAAAAUGGAAAAGUCUUUGUUGAUACUCAAUUCAAAGCAGAUAAUGAUGCACUUGGUCCAAACUGUUUAAAUAGAGGAAUCAGUAAAUGGGUUAGAGCAAGAGAUAAGCCAUAAUGUGUUUUAUAUAAGGAUGUAAUUAAUCAUCUUGAUGUAGUCUAAGGUGCUCUUGGAGAUUGCUAUUUCUUGUCAGCUAUUAGUGUGCUAGGGGAAAAAUAUAUUAAGAAAAUCAUAAUAACAACAGAGGAAGAAUGGAGAGAGACUGGAGCAUUCAAGAUUUAAUUCUACAAGAAUGGUGAACCUGAAAUCAUAAUAAUUGAUGAUCUCUUCCCUGCAUAUGGCAAUGGAGAUUGGGUCUUUGUGAAAGGAGGAACAGAGGGUGAAGAAUUGUGGCCAAUGGUUCUUGAAAAAGCAUAUGCAAAAAUGUAUGGAACUUUCAAUUAUAUCGAAGCAGGAAAAGUUUAAUAUGCACUUAGUGAUAUGACUGACGGUUUUCCAGAACAGGUUGAUCUAAAAAUUGAUGGCAAAAAUAUUCAAAGUCUUUGGGAAAAGUUAAAGACCUUAAAGAGGCAUGGUGCUUUAAUGGGGGCUGGUAGUCCAGAGCAUUCAAUGGGAGAUAGAGCUAUAAAUGAAAUGGGUAUUGUGCAAGGUCAUGCUUAUGCUGUCCUUGAUGUCUAGGAAAUUGAUGGUUUCAGGCUAAUGCAAUUAAGAAAUCCACAUGGAUCCUCGGGUGAGGAAUGGAAAGGAGAUUGGUCAGACACUUGCGAAAAAUGGAAUGAGAGAAUGAGAAAUAAAGCAAAAUAUAAAGAUUCCUAGAGAGAUGGUGUUUUCUGGAUGGAAGUGCACGAUUUCGUUCUUCAAUACUCAUACUUGUAUAUUUGCAGAAUUCUUGAUGUUGAUGAUGGUUGGAAAGAGGUUAGAGUUGAUGGUGAAUGGGCAGGAGCUUCUGCUGAGGGUCUUCCUACUAGAUCUAAUCCUAAUGCAAGAUUGGAUUUCAAUCCUUAAUAUGCAAUUACAAUUACUAGACCUUGUGAUGGUUUUAUUAUGAUGGCACAAAAAGACAAAGUCAAUAUGUUUAAGGGUAAGCAUGCCAUAUUCUUCAUGGUAAGCAAGAACAACGGAAAGAGAUUAACUAAAGUUGAUAAGAACACUAUGAUUUGUAGAUCAGGAAACCCAGUAAAUCUAAACAUCAUCACAGCUGAGUGCGAUUUCGAUAAGUCAGUUACCUAUCCUUACAAAUUCACAAUAAUGCUUGCAAACGCUGAGCAUGGAGCAGAAGGUGAAGGUGAGUUUGAGUUUGGUGUUUAUGCUACUGAUCCAAACGUCAAAGUAGAAGAAAUUAAAUUGCCUCUUGAUUUCCCCAAAUCUGGUAGUCACAAAGAAGAAUUAGAAUGA